AUGGCCGCCGGCUGGUCCUCCCUCCCCGCCGAUCUUCUCAAUGAGAUCUCGGGUCGCCUGAUCGCCGACGCCGACCAGCUCCACGCCCACCAGGUAUGCGCCCACUGGCGAGCCUCGAUUUCUCCUCCGUCCGCCUACCGCCCGUGGGUCGUCGCCGCCCGACAUGGCCCCGACGGACGGGGCCCAGUCGGCGAGUACUCCCUCCUGCUCCCUCGCGGCGUCCAUGGCGUUGACUUCAAGGCGGCCCCACCCGGCCUCCCGUACUGCUGCGGCACGCCCCGCGGCUGGCUCGCCCUCGCGGACGAUGUCCGGUCCCCCACGCGGCUCGUGCUGUGGGAGCCCCACUCCGGCACCGAGGUCCCGCUUCCAUGCCUGGGUCCAGUCGUCCAGGUCUUCCUCUCCGGCGACCCGCUCGAGUCGACGCACUGGGUGGCCGUCGCGACCCAGCACAGAUGGCCCACGGCGCACAUCCUCUUCUUCUGGCGGCCCGGGGACGCCGCCUGGAGCGGCCCGGCCAAGGUUCCUUGCGCGGAACUCCACAGCGUCGAAUUCCAUGCGGGGAACAUAUACUGCAUAGACGGCAUGUUUAACCUGUCCAUCUACGAUCUCAAGCUCGGCACGGCGUCCCCUCCCGUGCUCCUCCGGUGCUUUGGCAUGUGCCCUAACCAGGCGUGA